CUGCAGUGGAGUCCCUUGAUCUUGCUACUCAAGUCUUCCUACCUUUUGUAUCUUCAGCUCAGCUUCAGCUCCAACAGAUGGCACAGCAGCAGUUCCCAGUCCAGCAGCAGCAGCAAGCUUUGCAGCAGCAGCAGCAGUUCCAGGCCCAGCAGAAUGCACUGCAGCAGCAGUUCCAGGCUCAGCAGCAGCAGGCUGCUGCAGCAAUGAUACAGCACCACCAAAUGCAAGCAGUUCAGCAACAGCAGCAGCAGCAACAGCAGCACUUGCUGAAAAUACAGUUGCAGCAGCAAAGCCAACAGCAGAUGCAGCAGCAGCAUAAACUACAGCGACUUGCUCAGAUGCAGCAGAUACACCAGCAGGCAGCCCAGGCUAUGCAGGCCCAGCAGCAGCAGCAGGAGGAGGCAAUGCAGCAGCAGAUGCAACAGCAGCAGUUGUUAACCGCCGUGAGCUCUGUGAAUUCAGGGAAGAGCAGUAUCUAAAUUGAAAUUAUAAAUAAACAAACCUUUGAGCAAGGGGCGUUAAAAUAUCCUAGUGGGGGUGUAUGUGUGCAGCUUGUCAGCCAAGGAACUCAGCAGGACCCAUGCUUGGCUGUAGCAGCCAAGCGUUGGCAGGUCUCCAACAGCAUGUGUGUCUCCAAUGUGGCCACUUACCCAGGUCUGCCAUUGUGCUCUGGACCCUGGCUGGGAGGUCUUGAUUGCAAGGACUGACAGAGGGGUGGACUGGAGGCGGGAGCAGCCCCAAGGGGUUGGGAUGCAGAUGACUGAUGUUUCCACACCACCCAGUAAUUCACCACCCUCGGAUUCCACCUCCACAAAAAGGUUUUAUCAAGUGCUCCAUAUCUCUUCUGCCUAUGAGCAAAGAGUAGAGGGCGAAAGAGGCUCUGCCCCUGACCCCUGUGACACCCCAGAACAGCUGGGCACCGGUGGGCUGGCAGGUUGGGCUUGUGUCCCCCCCCCAGCUCUUCCAUCCUCUGUUCCCUCUGGCCACUUCAGCUGGCCUGCAGCCUCCGUACCCGUCUGUGGAGGGGUCCUUCCUCCAUUGCCAUGGCUCCCCUUUGUGCAGAGC